AUGGCCUUGGUGUUGCAGGGGAGCACGCCAGGGCUCCGUUUGGCUACGUUGGACAGACCUCGCUGCAGCGCAGCAACGAGGCAGAGAAGUCAUUACUUUCAGACGGAUGAGCUGUUGAGGAAUAGUGCUAGAUGCAGCCGCUGCCUUGCCGUGUGCGGGGCUGUCCUGCUGCAAGCGCGGCCAAGGCGGAAGCAUGUGCAAAUGUACCAGGCUUCGCCGGCGAAGCUCGUGGAUUUGGAAGGGUUUACUACUACAUCUGUGCCGAAGAAGAAGUCGAGCACUGAAAUUCAGAAGGAGGAUCGUUUUACACUUAGAAAGCAGGAAAAGAUUCUGCACGAGCAACAAGAGAUAGCCGUGCAGAACAUCCUCGACAUUUUUUCAAAAGGAGACGAGAAGGAGACCACCGCGGUGACUCUGCGCGGAGUGCCUGGCUCUGGAAAGACCUGGGUGGCUGCAAACGUCAUCUCGCGCUGGAAGCCCAAAGCUGUCUUGUUGAUGCAGCCGCUGAAGGCACUCGUGCGCCAGAUUGAAGGAGUGCUGGAUGCAGAUUUCCCCAAUGAGGAAGUUUGUAACUUCAUCUCGCAGAGACGCUCAUUCUCCGCGGCCAAGAUCUCCAGACAGCACGGCACGGUGAAGGUUUCUUCCUCGUGUCCUCAUAUAGAUGAGGUAGCUGCCGGAAGCCGGGAACGCAGCAUAGACGCCACGGACACAGGGGAGCCCUGUAUCAUCGCGUGCUCCAUUGCUGCCAUGUACGGCUGCGCCCAUCAGCUCCUGAAGAAAUCCCCGCACAAACUGCAGCUGUCGAUGGACGAGGCUCUCGCAAUGGCAGAGGAGUUGGAGCAGGAGCUGCUCGAUGACACAUACUGUGAGAAAGAUCUGGACCGCCACCGACGCUCAUACCUGAAAAAGCGGAUCCAGGACGACAUCGCCACGCUGAAAGAGAAGGGCGUUUGCCCGAAUAUGUAUGAUCUCUACGCCGACCUCCUGCCAGGCAGGUUCAGACGGACCAUCUUCGAUGCUUUUAACGAAACCUACCAACGGGAUUGGCUCUUUGUGGUGGACGAGUGCCACAGCUCGCUGAGCGCCAUGAUGCGGCCGCACCGGGCCCACCAAACUCGGGUCAAGGCACUUGCUCGGGACGGCCUUCUCCGCCGAAACAUGUACGCGGCGGAGCGGUCAGGACCAUUGAGCUGGGAAGACUUGCAGAAGAAGUUGCCCGACAAGGUCCUAUACAUGUCGGCAACUCCGCUGAAAGCGCAUCGGGACGAGGGCAUCCUGGGCGAGGAAGUUGGCCUGGACAUCCGGCCAACACAUAUCUUAGAUCCAGAGAUAGUGGAAAUUCGCACGCUGCCUUACAGGGCAGAUAUGGGGCCAGAGCAGCUUGGCAAGUCUCGGCACGACAUGGCGGACCUCAUCAAGACGGUCCGAGACAUUUUGCGCAAGAGAAAGCCGGCUGACCAGGUCAUCAUCAACUGCAUUUCUUGCUUGCAAGCAGACGUGCUGCAUAGCUUCCUGGGCACAGUUGAUGGAUACAAGUCCGGCGUUCUGCAUGGAAAGAGAACCUCCAGGGAGAACAAUCUGGUCCUAACGGAGUUCCAGCAAGGCAAGCUGGACGGGCUGGUGGGCUCCAAGAUGCUCGUUGAAGGCCUUGACCUGCCCGGAGUUGCCACGGUCAUUGUGACAGAUGCUGACUCUCCUGGCAUGCUUCGCACAGAUGCUAUCCUCCAACAGCUGGCCGGCCGCACCGCCCGGCACGCUGACGGGCGUGUGUACCUGCUGGUCACCGAGCCUGAGAGCGAUCUAGUCACCAGGUGCCAAGAACAGCAUCAGCAGCGACGUCAAGCGCAGGCGAAGUACAACGAGAAGCACAACGCAGAGCCACUGUCUAUUGCUUGGGGACCACGGGCAGAGCGAGAGAAAAGGACGACAGAGGUCGGAAAGCAGGAUGACUCAGAGGAGGGAGACGACCUCUUUUCCAAGUGGACCCUGGCACAGUGCCUGCAAGCCCUUGCGGAGCUUGUGAAGUGCUGCUGGACAGAGCUGCCGGACGAGGAGACAGAGAGAGUCAACAAAAACCUGGAGCAGAAAUCACUCUUCCUCUUCGACCUAGAAGAGGCUCGGGACAAGGCCAUUGAGCAGGUCAUACUGUGGGCAACGGUGCCGGCAAUUGGCCCGGAACGUUCGCACAACCUCCUGGAGCAGUUUGGCGAUAUUUCCACAAUGCUGAGCCAGGAACACUUGAAGGAUCUCAAACAGGUAGUGCAGAUUGGCCCGGUGUUGAGCAAAAGGCUCAACAAGCGCUAUGACAUGACGUAUGUCGGUCCCUUGGAAGACACGAGGAAGCGGCUGCAGUGGGUACGGGAGCUCGAAGAGUUCACAUGUCACCUGCAACCCUUGCUGCGCAAAAAAAUGACGGAAGCUUUAUCGUCAUCCGACACCAAAACCAAGCAGAUGCUGAUGAGGCAGCAGGUGCAGAUUCAGCUCCCUGAAGAGGAGUCGGAAUUUGUCAUAUCAGUGGUCUCCAGGCCCGCUGCGCUGCCCACGUCCAACUUUUGCGUUCACGAAGACCCCAGCGUUCUUUGCAUCUCCCUGCACUUGGAUCAGUCCGACCUUCACUUUUUCCCCUUCCUGAAGGGUAAGGUUGAGGAGCGUGGCACUGCUGCUGGCAGGGGCUACACAUUGAACCUUCCUUGGCCGGAAGGUGCUGGCGAUGCCGAAGCAUGGCGCUUGCUGAAGGACUUCGCUCUGCCAAGCUUGGAGGCUUUUCGCCCGGACAUCCUUGUCCUGGCGUUUGGGUUUGAUGCUCUUGAGGGCGACCCCUGCGAAGCGGGGCGCUUCAGCCCCCGGCUCUUCCGGCACCUGGCGCGCAGCUGCUGCGACAUUUGCGGCCGUGUACUGUGCACCCUGCAGGGUGGCUACCAUCCUCAGGGAACUGCAGAUGCACUGCUUGCAGUGCUCGACGUCUUGGCUGGCGGUGGCUUUGAAGAGGAGGACAUCGAGCUGCCCCCUGAGGCCUUCUUUCUCCACCUGGCAAAGAUUCAGGAGGUUCUUUCUGAUGAGUCCACAUGGUGGCCAGUCGAGCAGAGCCUCAACUACAUCCCUGAGGGCAUCCGGAAGAGGCUGGAGGAGUCUGACGGUUCAGAGGAUGCAGAAAUUCCAAAAAGGUUGGUCCAUCGCGACGGGGCCGUGUUCCAGGCUUUGGAGGAGCGCCGCUGGAGUGCCUAUUACUGUGUGCAGCUCUUUGAUUCCAUCGGCUUUGAGCUGUACGCAAAGGACCUGCAGGAGGUUAGAGGGCCUCAGGGCCUGGGUGUUUAUUGUACGCUGGACCUGCAGAAGGCCCGGGACACGGGAAAGACGGUGCUGAUCGCGGAGUUCAAAGCCAACACCGCAGAGCGUGGCGUGCCUGGCAUUUCAGACCUCCUCGUUUCCUCUGGGGGCAACGGUGAGAACUGGCGCGAGCGUGGGUAUGCAGGCGUCCUGUAUAGCAGCACGGAGAUUUGCAUACGUGUCGAGUGCAUCCGUGUGCUCUACCGCAGGGAAUGGCAGGGCGAGAUCAGCUGGCCCGCGCUGAAGCGGAUCUGCGAUGCCAUGGAGGACCCUCCCUUAGCACUGGACUCGGACGCCGCACAGUCGGACGCUGCAUGGGCAAAAUCCAUGGAGAGGCUGAAGAGCUAUAGCGACAACCAAGUCCAAAGAACCAAAGAUCAGCUUUGAGUCCUGUCUGGCACAAGCACACGGAGAACGCAGGAUCAUCCUGCACCAUGUCCUGAUCCUGGCUGCGUGCCGCACGCCCACCCGUGGCCUGAGUUGACCAGUAGCUUGCGCGCUUCCCGCGCGG